CGCCGCCGCCUGCGGUCUCCCAGGCCCGAACCAGCCCGCCGCCCGCCGCCCGCGCCCGCGCCCGAGCCCCGCCGCGCGCCCGAGCCUCCCCGCGCGCCCAGGCCCCCGCCGGCGCCACCCGGGUCCCCGCGCCGCAGCCGCGCGCGCAGAUGGCGCACUCGGCGGCCGCCGUGCCGCUGGGCGCGCUGGAGCAGGGCUGCCCCAUCCGCGUGGAGCACGACCGCCGGCGCCGCCAGUUCACCGUCCGGCUCAACGGAUGUCAUGACCGGGCCGUCCUGCUCUAUGAGUACGUGGGCAAGCGGAUUGUGGACCUGCAGCACACCGAGGUCCCAGAUGCCUACCGUGGGCGCGGCAUUGCCAAGCACCUCGCCAAGGCCGCCCUGGACUUUGUGGUGGAGGAGGACCUGAAGGCCCAUCUCACCUGCUGGUACAUCCAGAAGUACGUCAAGGAGAACCCCCUGCCGCAGUACCUGGAGCGCCUGCAGCCGUAACCCUGGCCCGCAGGCGGGAGCGCUCCCUGCCGGACCCUUCCACGCGGCCUUUGCCUGGCCCCGCGUGCUCUCAGGAACCUGCUCCCACUGGGAACAGACUCAGAGUUAUUUUUGUAAGGACACUCAUCUGUGGCCCACAUCCAGAUUUCUGGAGGCGGCUGAUCAAUGAUGGGCAGUGACCCGGUCACCAAGGCGGAGAGGAGGCCGGGUGGUCCCCGCAGCUCCCACUUUGCAGAGACCAGCGGCUUCACGGGAGGCCUGCGGGGAGCACGUCGGGGCUAGGGCCAGCCUGCAUCCCGCCCGCCUAGCUCCACUCGGAGAUCAGGAGGCCCAAGGCAGGACUCCUGCUGCCACCUCUCCUGGGCCUGUGUUCUUUCUGGCAAUUGCAAGGGUGUGCCCCAGAGUCAAGAGGAGCAAUAAGAAACCUCGUGUGCCGGCUUCUGAGGGUGGCAAUGCCAGACCCCGCCUGCCACCAGUACUGCCCUCUUCCCUUUCUCAGACCCCAGGCCCGGUGCAGGCAGGGCCCCGGAAAGGGGCGGCUCUCCCUGACAGAGACCAGGAGAGUAAAGGACUGAGCACUGGGCCAGGCUCAGUCGCACGUGCGAUUCACACCUGUGAACACACACAAACGCAUAGGAUGCAGCCUGUGGGCGGGCCGGUGGCCUGUGCCGUGGUGUUUUCCCCUCCUUGGUACCCCCAUAUAUUUUUUUGGCCUCUUGUGUGUAGGUUCUGCAGGAUACCGAGGCCCUGUGCCCAUGGGCUGCUGUCCCCUAUAUCCCUGUUGUCUGGAGCAGCUCCAGGAGGGCCUGAGCAGCUGCAGUCCCGCCCCUUGCUGGCCUUGGCCACCUGCCUGGGCCUUCUCUGAGGAGAUGCCUUGGAGCUGGGGGUGGGAGAGAGGCGAACUGUUCUCCAGAAACCACCCUCAGCAUCAAAGAGGAGGAAACAUACCAGCUGCAGGGAUUCCUGCGCGCCGCCAGUCGUCAGGUCCUUUUGUGGCUGCGCAUAGCCGGGCACACUCACUGCCCAUCCGGCCCAGGCUCCUCUCCCACCCAGCCUUCCUGGGUGCAGCCUGGGAGACAUACCAGCACGCUUUGGUGGGACCAGCCCUUCUGGGGCACUCUUGCUUCCCCUGGGGCUGGCUCAGGUCCUGCCCUCUUGUGUCAGCUUUAACAAGGGUCACAUUCAUCCCUGUUCCUCUGUGGGGCUGGAGGGCCACCCUGUAGCCAGGGGCCCUUUAGGGCUGAGACAUCUGUCAGUCAACACCACGUCCCUUGGGAGUGAUGCAUCCCCACCAGGCUUCUGGUGGUGUCAGGCUGGGCUCUGGGCAGUAAAGGGAGAGGUUGAUCAGGACCCCAGGACCCUGAUGCCUUCCUCCUCCCCCAUUCAGGGGCGCUGGUUGCCAUGGUGACUCCUCCCUUUGACUCCACGCGCAGGCGCAGGCUGCCCUGAGGUUGCGUUUUCCAUUCACCUCCUUGCUGCCCCAGUCUCGGCGCUGAGACACCUCGCGUUCCUUCUCCAGCCAUGGUAGCUCAGGCCUUCCUGCCAGGCCGCAGGACCUUGGAAAUCUGCAUGUGCUCCCUGCCGGUGGGGGUCCCCGAGCCCAAGUCUCCUUAAAACCCCUGCUGUGAGUCACAGCGAGGACCAGCAGGGGUCACCAUCCUGAGCAGCCGCCCCAUCCCUGCCCCUUGCCCUGUGGCACAUGCUCCUGUCCUGGCCUCCAGGAAGUUUGCAAAGGGCUUGUGUGAGAGAUCGGAGAAGGCCCUGGGCCUCCAGGGAGACACAGCUGGCAGGAGGCGGGCUCAGCUGCUCCCAGGCCCCUCCAAGGCUGGGGUGGCCCAAUGCUGUAUAGGAACAGGUCGUAGGCACAGAGGAUGGGCAGCCAGGCCUGGGCCUUCCCUUUACUGUCCCAGGGCAGCUGGGUUGGGGGCCACCUUUCCCCCUCUAAGGUCACUCCCUCUCCCUCCGCACGUCCCUCCCCAAGUUCGAGUGCAUACUCUAUCAUGACCAUGGGGGCACUCACUGAGCUAGGGCUGUCCCUGUGGCCGCACAGGAGGCUCGGAGGGCAGCAUGGAUGUUGAGGACCAGGAGGGAAUGGGCCUGGCCCACCCUGUUCCUGCUCCAACGGGAUUCCUCCCCCGUGUUCAAGCAGGUGACUCCAUCUGUCCAGCCACAACACACUUAACACUUGAACCGGGGGCCGUGUGCCUGGGAACCGAGGCUAGGGCUUUCUGAGGAGACCUGAUCCGAGCUCCCACUGUUGUGACCUGGGCCUCCUCGCCUUGGGCUGCUUUAAAGCACUGCUGACUCACGCCGGGGGCCAGGCAGGGCUUCAUGGGGCCUGGCCCAGGGUCUUCAGCAGAGCAAUAACCACAUCUCCCCAGGUUGGGUCUCCACAGACACCCUGCCCCGGAGCCCCCGGCCCAUCCCGUCUGGUGCUACACUGCCUGGCAGCCCAGCCUCACCCCUCCCUGUCCUGGGUCACCUGGGAGUCCUUGGUGAGGAUGCCGCCAUGUGGGGCUGGUUUAUGCAGCUGGGUGAGAGCCAGGGUGGGGCAGAGGAUGCUCGGGGUCCCUGAGGUCUCCCACAGAGCUGCUCUCCUGCCCGCCUCACCCUGUGGGGUUCUCUUUCUUGCCAGGUCAACAUAGGCAGUGACUUGUGCCUUCCCUCAGGCCCGUGGCAGGGUGUGGGCCCAGCUUGUUCCUGGACCGCCCCGUUCCUCACUGCAAGCUCCUCCACGGGUCUCAAAGGAACUUUUCCAUAAGAGGUGUGGCCUGGUGUGCAGUGCUGUCCCCGCACUGUCCCUACCCCCAAAGCAACCUGUUGGUCAGCCCCGGCCUUAAAUCGGUGGCGAGGGGGAGGCAGGCUUCCCUCCCUGGUGGUGUCUAGUGGUUUCUCAGUUGGUCCUCAGCACAGCCUUCAGUGUGGAGGGCGAGACCCUGAGUGGCACUGGGGCUUGGCUGAGGUCCUCCCGCAGGAUAACGGGGACUUCAGGACCCCAGACCCCACACCGCAGUUCCCGACCACCUCCAGGUGUAAAACGCGCCCUGAGGCCACAGCCCAGCUCUGAAGCAGCAUGGCUUUGUGGGGUUUCCUAGGAAUGGGCAGUGAUGCCACCUGGGAGAUUUGCUGUGCCGUAAGAAGUGGCUCCCUUUGGGAUUCCUGGUCCAGUGCAGGGAGCUGAGGCCCAGCCUCGUGCUGACACGUGCCCAUUGGGGAAAGCUGUGGCCAAUAUUUCUAAAACAAGUGAAAAUCUUGCACUGUGCCCAGGGCCACAUCUCAUUCUGCCCCAGCCCCCGAGGGAGGGAACAGCCCGAUGGAGGACAGCUUCCCCUCGUUCCCACUCGGGGUUACGUGGCUGCCCAGAAGGAAAGAAAUGGCCAGGCCUGUUGCAAUCUUACUCCACUUCGUUUUCACAGCAGCCCUGAGACAUGCCCAUUAUUAGGUCCAUUGGACAGGUGGGACUGAGGCUUAGAGUCCGGGGUCACAGACCAAAGCCCAUGCUGAUCCAAAGGCCCAGGAACCAGCCCAGCUCCGGUCCUCUUGGUGGCGUGGAGCUUGUGUGAUGAGUUCUCAUGUCUGCCUGCGGUGAUAGAUGGCCUUGAAAGCAAUAAACAAAACUUCCAGCAACUUUGCCACUCAGCUGCAUGGCUGUGGUGGGUCCUGCCUCGAGCCAUAAGGCGAGCAGCUAAUCAGGAGUGCCGGGCUGGUGUGGAGAAGGCUGAAUCACAUGUGAAGCCCAGGUUGUAAGCAGGAAUAUUCGUGGAGCCCCUGACCAUAUACUCACGCCGCUCUUCCUCAGUUCAGGGUUCUUGGAUUUGCUCAAGUCCACCCAAAUAUCCUUUUACGAUUCUCAGGGUCCCACUCCUUCCAGAUCAAAUGCCCUAAAUGUUAUGUAAGAGUUCCGGCAAGGCUGUGAAUUCAACCUGCAUCGUAACUGCAACCUGCAGGGUCGGAUUUAGGGUUUUUCGGUUGUAUUGGUCUUAGAGCUACACGAUAUUAAAGAGAUUUUUCUGGUUAUCAAA